CGAGCCCUCCUCAGCCCUGCUGCAGCUUGCAUUAAGCUCCGGAUCGAGCUCCUGCAGCCCCAGGGAGCAAAACUCGCCCAGCGCUGCCUGCGAGCGGCCAAACAGCCGGGCAGGAUGAGGCCAGCGCUGGCUCGGCUUGGCCAGCCGCCGUGGCCCCCGGCUGGGCUGCGCUCCACGCCGGAGCUGUCAGCGGUGAUGGAUGGGGAGCUGCAGCAGCUCUGGGCCCGCCGGCUCCCCGAGGCAGGUGCCGCGCUCUCGCUGCUGCUCAGCCCUGCCUUCGCGCCUCGCAGCCGCCGGGCGUGGGACGAGCCGGCUCCCCGAGCCACGCCGGGGCCAUGGGGUCGUGCUGGGGCUGGUUCCUCGCCGUUCUCCUCAUCCUGGCAGCCACCGGGGCCCGGAGCCAGGAGGAGGCACCAUGCGCCCUCCACGUGCUGGUGGCCCUGGAUGUCACCGAUUACCAGCAGUCCAACCUGCACCCUUACCUGGAGCGCAUCCUGCGGGACCUGGCCGCCCUGGAGAGCCUCACCUGCCGCCCGCUCGGCCUCCGCCUCGGCCUGCAGAGCGUCGGGCAGGGGGGGGACACGAUUUUCCAGGAGCAGCUGCGGCAGCCCUGGGCGGACGUGCUGCGGCGCCUGGCGCGGGUGCACGCCUUCCAGCGCUCCUACUUCAACCAGCCCGCCCUGCAGAGCCUCCUCGGCACCCUGGCACGCCAGAAGGAGGAUGCCAAGGUGCUGCUGGUGCUGACGGACGGGCUGGAUGACGACGUGCAGAAGAUGAAGGAGGUGGCAACAGCAGCCUGGCUGCAAGACCAGGCCGACCUGCUGCUGACCAUGGCCGUGAACAACGCCACGAGGCCGGGGGACCUGCAGCAGCUCGAGUUCGGGAGGCGGAUGGGGAACGGGCAGCAGCUCACCGUGGACAUGCCCGAGGCCGGCGGGCACGUGGCGCAGGAGCUGCUGGCACUGGCGGAGAGGACGUGCUGCGGGAUGUGUCCCUGCACCUGCGUGGGGCUGCCCGGCCCGCGGGGCCCCAGCGGCCCCUUGGGAAGCAAGGGGGAGGCCGGCAGCAAGGGACGUGAUGGAGACGAAGGCGAGCACGGGCACAGCGGGGAGCAGGGACCGGCAGGUCUCCGAGGCAGCCGGGGGAUGCAGGGGUGCCCAGGACAGUGUGGAGCGAAGGGCGCCGUGGGUCACCCUGGGGAGCAGGGACCUCCUGGAGAAGCCGGCUACGACGGGGUGGACGGGGAGCAGGGUGAAGCGGGGACCCCCGGGCGCCCUGGAGAGAAGGGGACCCCCGGGAGGCAGGGACAGAAAGGCUCCCGGGGUGCCCGGGGGGAGAAGGGACCCCCAGGACCCUGCGGUGAGGUGGGACCACCCGGGAGGAGCAGCCUCGAGCCCGGCACCCCGGGGUGGAGAGGAGAGGGGGGUCCCCAGGGAGACCCCGGUCCAGAUGGUCCCCAGGGGCCACCAGGGCCACCGGGCCCCCCAGCUCACCCGACCUCGUGCCACAAAGGGCAGCAGGGAGCGCAGGGCAAGAAGGGGAACCGCGGCAGCGCCGGGCGCGGGGGCGAGAAGGGGCACGGAGGCGCGCAGGGGGUGCCGGGGCCACGGGGGACAAAGGGGGUCUCCGGCCGCCCAGGGAGCAGAGGACUUCAGGGUGCGCCCGGAGCCGAGGGUCCUGUGGGAGCAGCGGGGCCAGCCGGCCCCAAAGGGGACAAGGGCCAGGAAGGAGCUGAGGGCAGGAAGGGGAGCGCGGGACCUCGGGGACCCAAAGGUGCCCUGGGCGAGAUCGGGUGCGACCGGCGAGGUGCCCCGGGGAGACGGGGUGCGAAGGGUUCUCGGGGGCUGCCGGGCUUCCCAGGGGUGCAGGGCGAACGGGGCGAGCGAGGAGCCCGCGGGGACAAGGGCAGGCGAGGGCUGCCUGGGCGCAGGGGAGAGCCCGGGAGCAAAGGAGAAGCCGGCAGCCACGGCAGCCUGGGACCACCGGGGGUGACGGGCCCCAAGGGCUCUCCGGGCAUUCCCCCCUCCACGCCCUGCGAGCUCAAGGCUUUCAUCCGCCAGCGCUGCGCCUCCAGCUCGCCCUCCUGCCCGCUUUUCCCCACGGAGCUGGUGCUGGUGCUGGAGACCUCGUCCACGGUGCCGCCGCCUCUCUUCUCCCGCAUGAAGGAGCUGCUGGCCCUGCUGCUGCGCGACCUCCACGUCUCCCCGGCCGGCUGCCCGGCGGGGGCUCGCGUGGCCGUGCUGUCCUACGCGGCCUCCCCCACCUACCUGCUGCGUUUCGGGGAGGCGCAGAGCGGGGCGGCGCUUUUGGGGCACCUCCGCCGCCUCUCGCCCACCCGCUCGUCCCAGCGGGGCCGCCUGGCCGCCGCCAUGCGCUUCGUGGGGCACCACACGCUCAAGAGGGUCCGGCGGGCCGUGCUGGGGAGGAAGGUGGCCCUCUUCGUCACCAGCGGCCGGAGCCAGGAGCUGGAGGGCGUCGGGGAGGUGGCCCUGCAGUACGAAGCGCUGGGCGUCGUGCCGGUGGUGCUCACCUUCAGCCCGCUGCCCGAGGUGGCGCGAGCUUUCCAGGUGAACAGCCUCUUCCAGGUGCUCCAGCUCUCCGCGGAACAGCCGGACGGGGACGCGGCGGUGCUGCAGCAAACCGUGCUGCCCUGCGCGCUUUGCUUCGACCUCUGCCACCCCGAAAGCUGCACUUCAGCCGUGCCCCCCCGCAACCCGCUGCGCCUGGACGCGGACCUGGCCCUGGUGGUGGACAACGCGGCGCUGCCGGCGGAGAGCCUGGAGGCCGUCGGCGAGCUUUUCGGCAACCUCCUGGGGCGCCUGCAGCCGGCACGGCGCCGUGCCCGCAUCGCCCUGGUGCUCACCGGCCCCACCUCCCCCCAGCAGGGCUUGGGGGAGGUCGAUCUGGGGCUGCACAUCCCCAGGGAGCAGCUCCGGGAGCGUCUCCGCCUCGCGUUGGUGCCCAGGGUGGCCGCGGCAUCCCCGGGCGGCGCGGUGGCGUGGGCGCUCCGGCACGUCUUCCUGGGGGGCACCCGCGGCCGUCUCCGCGUCCUCUUUGUGGUGGGGACAGGGGACGAGGCACUGUGGGACGGGGAGGCGCGGCAGGCGCUGGUCCCCUUCUCCCGGUGCAGGGAUUUUGGGGUCUUGGUGCUGUCCCUGGGUCGGGAUGGGACAGAGCAGCCAGAGGAAGCUGUGCCGGAGGCGCUGGCGGCGUGGCGGCACCACGCGCUGCGCCUGGGCUCGGUCCAGGGACCUGAGCUGGGGUACGCGGAGAGGACGGCGCUGGGCUUCCUCCGGAGCCUGUGGGCGGAGAGCAGCCAGCACCCCAGCGCCCCAGGGUGCCCCCAGGUGCCGUCUCCCUCCGGUGCCAGCACCACCGAGCCACCCCCGGGGACCCCAGCGCAGACCCCCGAGACCCCCUCCGUGCCCCUUGUCGAGCUGCCCACGGUGUCCCCGAGCCCCGGGAAGGGCCGGAGGGCAGUGGCCGUGCCCGGGCUGUGCGCCCUGGACAAGGACCCCGGCACCGCCUGCGCUGACUUCUCGCUGCGGUGGUACCACCGGUGGGACACGGGGACCUGUGAGCGCUUCUGGUACGGCGGCUGCGGGGGCAACGCCAACCGAUUUGGCACCGAGAAGGACUGCGUCCACACCUGCGUGGGCACCGGUCCCCGUGGAGCCGGCGAGGGGAACGCGACGCGGGCCGCCUGCCUGGAGGCGCGGGACGCGGGGCCGUGCCGCUCCUACUCGCCCAAGUGGUUCUUCGAGGAGCCCGGGCGCUGCUCGCUCUUCUGGUACGGGGGCUGCGGGGGCAGCCGCAACCGCUUCGAGAGCCGGGAGCAGUGCGAGGCCGUCUGCAUGGCCCCGGGCACGGGGGGCACCCGGGACCCCCGCCCCACCAACGCCUCCGCCUGCGCCCCCGGCUGCUGACGCCCGCGUCGGGGUGCCCCA